AUGGCCAAAGAUUUGAUGCUUACUGUUCUCAAAACUGGAAAAACUGCGAAGGAGUUAUGGAAUCAUCUUAAACGCCUCUUCCAAGACAACAAAGGAAGCCGUGCCGCCAACCUGGAAAGUAAGUUCGUCAACCUCAAAUUUGUUGAUUGUAACGAUGUUGAUGAUUAUUGUGAUAAGCUACAGGCACUUUCAAAUAGACCAAGUGACCUUGAUUUUCCUAUGGAUGAAAAACGAUUGGUUAUCCAACUUGUCAAUGGACUUCCAGAGGAAUACAAUACUGUUGCCUCUUUCAUUCAACAAUCGAUGCCAUCUUUUGACACUGCUCGAUCUCAACUGCGCACUGAGGAGAUUCGACGCGACCAGCAAUCAAAUUCUGGCUCCCACACUGCCCUUGCAGCUGCCAACAGCCACCGUCUUCCGCCUGCUACUCCUUAUUCCGCUGCCAACAGUCGUCAUCUUCAGUCUGUACAUCACCGAUCUGAGCCCAGUGCACACAGCUUUCAUCUGGGCCGCCAAGCACCCAUCUUGCCAACCCCAGCAGGCCCAAGGAAACCCUACCCAACUGCUCCUCACUGGGCUCCUCACUGGACGCCUCCGCCAAGCCCAUAUCCGUCUGUCCCUGACUGGGCUUCUCAGCAGCAGUUUUCUGGUCGUGGCCGAGGGCGCCAGUUCCGUGGGCGUGGUCGUGGCCGUGGUCGCAGCAACUUCUCAGCCCGUUCACCACAAGCAUACAUCACUCCUACCACGGAAUACCUUCAACCAUCGGAUAUUGCUGAAGCAUACAGCUCCAUGAGCAUUCGACAGCCAGAUGAUGAUUUCUAA